AUGGCUUCUACCGAAUUAGUUAAUUUUGCUGGUUUAUCAUUUUUAUGUGAAAAGCUUCGAUUGGAAUCUCUUCUUAUUAAACAUGAAAAGUUUACAUUGGAGGAUUUAAAUAGAAAAGUAAUUAAAGAAUAUAAUAAUAUUUGUAAACAAAUAUGGAUUUAUAGACAUCAACAGGAAAUUCUAAAUCAAUUAAUUAAUUCUGAUAUUAAUGUCUCUCCGGAAAAUUGUUGUCAACUUUUUAAUAAUUUAUAUUCAUCAAAUUUUGUUGAAGCUUACAAAAUUUUGAAUCAAUAUGCUGCUGAAAUUGUUCAAAUUUACAAAGUUUUGGCUUAUGCUCCUAGAGCUGUUUCUAUGUUUUUAAAUGCUACGGAAAAGAUUACAGCAACUAAUUAUACAAUAGAUGAAUUAUGUUCUUGUGUAUUUAAUGUAAUUUAUGGUUCUUGCUUUUUCCCAGAAGAUGAAAAGAAUAUGUUAGAAUUACUUGGGCAUUUAAUUAAUUUACAAAUUGUACAAAAUCCAGAUCCACGAAAAAUACUCAGAAAAGGAAAUUCUGUAUUUUCUAGAAUGUAUAAAUAUUUUAGUGAAUCUCUUUUAUCCACAAAGAUUUUUCUUACUGCUGCCCUUCAUGAGCCAAUAAUGUUUCUUUUGAGUCAAGACGACAAAUUGGCCCAACACAGACGAAUUAUUGUUGACAAAUUGGUUUUGGUUGUUGAAACGUUUAUUAAUGCAAUAUUAAAUGCAAUGCCAAUAUUCCCAAAAAGUAUAAUUUGGUUAGUUGAUCAAAUGCAUACAGCAAUGAUUGAAAGAAAAUUAGUUAGCAAUGAUGAGGCAGCUUUAAUUUGUACAGACCUUAUUUUUACUUAUUUUAUUUGCUCGGCUGUUAUACAUCCUGAACCUCUUGGAAUUAUAUCUGACACUCCGAUAAGGUUUGGAUUUUUAAAUUUUUGGUACCCUCGGGUUUGUUUUAAUAUCGGGCGUGAUGAUUGCGGUUUGAGAAGAGUCGGAUCUUGUUUUCGAAAUUUUCUUUGGAUCUUGUUCCGUUAUAUUGCUCGUUUCAAUUUAAUGCAAGUUGGACAACUUUUACAAUCAUUGGCAAUACUUCCAUAUGAACAACGUUUCCCUUCUUAUUUUAAUGAAAUUCUUUCUCAUUUAGACAAAAAUUCAAUGACCAAAGUUAUGGAUACAGUUUUACAAACUGGAUCAGCUUCAAUCGAAACAAUUUUCCCUACGCAAAUUGCAGAUUCUAAAGGAAAUGAAGUUUUUAGACGUACAACAUUUGUUGCUUCUCUUAAUGAAAUUAAUAUUUUGCAAUAUUAUUUAAAAUCUCCUGCGUUGGAAGAAAUUAAUGAUGCAGCAUUAUUAAAAAAUUUAAAAUUAUUAUUGAAAAGAUUGCCUGAACAAUUUAAUGAAAAAAUUAAAUUUUAUAUGGGAUUGCCAGAAAAAGAACAAUCACAACAACAGCAGCAACCAAUUUCUUCGUCUACACGGUUAAGAAAUUUGGCUGAUAAAGUUCAAAAUGUUGCUUCUAAGGGACAUCAGAAAUUAAUUCAAACAACAUCAGUUUCAAAUUUUAGAAAUUCCGAUCAACAAAAUUUAACAAAUUCUUUGUCUGUUAAUGUUUUGGUUAAUGAAAAUGAGAAUAAUAAUAAUUGUAAUUUAAUUUCAAAUAACAAUAAUAAUCAGCAACAAAAACAACAGAACCAAAAUGGUGUUAAUUCGACGACAAAUGAAAAUUUCAAUCGGGAUGUAUUACUCUUUGAAAUUCCUGAUAGUUAUGAGCCAAUAGGAACAACAUCUGAAGAAGAAGUUUUAAAAUUAAAUUUUCGAUUAGAAUCAAAAAAGUGCAAUGGCCAAAAGAAAACAAGAUUUUUGGCUGCAACGGAUAGCGUUGUUUCUGAUAGAACAAAUACAGAUGUUAUAAGUGACGAUGAUGAAGAGGAAGAAGAUGACCAAGAAGUGGGAGAAGUUGAGGGUGUGGAUGAUACUUCUUCGAGUUCUUCAAAUGGAAAUGCUGAGGAGGCAGAAGAAGAUGUUGCUGUUUUACCAGACAAUUUUUCUGACGUUGUCCCAAUUAGUGCAAACGUUUCUCGACGUGGAUCACCUAGCUUAAGUGGAAGUAAACUUUCUGGCAGAGAAACUCCUUUUUCUAAUCAUGCGGAGCAGAAUAAUGUAAUUGAAAAUUCUUCUUCAACAAUCCCAACAUUUUCAAAUACUUUACCUCAACAAGAAGCAAAUAAUAAUAGACGAACUUUACCAUAUUUACCUGUAACUGUAAGAAAACAAAAUUCUGAAGGUUUAGAAGAAAAAUUUGGAAAAUUUGUUCUUCCACAAAUUGACAGCACUAGAAAUCGUGAUGAAACAAUUUCUUUGGUAAGCGACAAUUGGUCAACAGAUGUGGUUGCUUCUGAUAAUGAAGCAGCGAUGAUAGAAUUAAGAAAUGCUGUAGAUGCAUCUUCAUCUUCAAUAUCAUCAAUUCAACAACCACAAAAUUCAUUUCUUCAGCAAAAUAAUUUUGCUGUUCAGCAACAACAAAAUAAUGUUUUACCAAUAAAUAAAUUACAACAACAAAUUUCUUCUUUAAAUUCAUCAAAACAAUUAAAUAAUUUGACAAAUUUUUCUUCAAAUUUGGCAUCUUCUUCUAAUAUUGUUACUGCACCUAUUGCUGUUUUAAAUCCAGUUAAUGCUCUGACUAAUUUAGUUUUAAGUUCAACAGCAGAUAAUAUCCCAAACAAUAUCAAUAAUAUUGAUGAGGAAGAAGAUAAACUUCCAUAUUUUGAUCAAAACAAUAUAACAACAUGUCGAGCUUUUUUGGAUGCUAAAAGAAAACUUAGACUAGUUUUAAGCAAUACUACAACACUUCCAAAAAGUUUAGAUUUGAUAAAUUAUAAAGAAGCAUCCAAUACUAAUGAUAAACAACAUCAGCAAAAAGAAGCAAUAAAUGGUAAUGAUGUUGGAGAUUCUUCUACAAGAAAAAUAGCUGAUGCAGAAGUUUUAGCACUUCAACAAAUGCUUCAUUUAUUUUUAGCUGAUUCUAUCAAUAGUCGAGAUCGUAAACAAGCAGCACAAAUACGUGAAGUUUUGCGGUGUUUAUCAAUAUUUGAUAAUAAAGGAAUAUUUUUAUUAUUAAAAAAAUUAAAAAGAGAACAACGUCAAAGAUUAUGUUAUACAUUAUAUUUACAACAAUCACAAUCUACAUUAUUACAAUUUAAAUAUUGUUUAGAAAAAAUGAAUAAUCGUUUUGUUAGAAAUUUAGAAUUAACAUCAGAAUGUUUAGUUGAAAUGUUAGUUAGAUUCCAUUUACAAAAGGAAGAUUUGAGACAAUUUGUCCAAAAUUUUCAAAAUUUACAUGUUCAGGAUGAGAAAGUAGAACUAGUUUCUUCAACUCUUCGAAUUCUUUGUGAUCAACUUUUAACCGAUCCGAUUUGGCAUUUUGCAACAGUAGAAAAUUUAGAUUAUGCAAGAAAAUGCAUGGAACGUUCUUUAAUGGCACAAAUUUAUGUUUAUGCUUUAUUUCCAAAUUCUGAUGCUGAUUAUUAUCGUGAUGAAGUCCUCUCAAAAUCAAUUCGUCAGCUUUCUUCUUUACUUUCUGUUGAUCAUCCAGAUCUUGCUAUACCCAAGUGUCUUCAUGCCGAAUGUCCUUGGUCUUCUGCACAGGCUGAAUUAAAUAUUAUAAAUGCAUAUAAAUCACCGCGUGACAAAAUGAAUUGUAUUUCUCGUUGUUGUGAGACUAUAGAAAAUUUGAUUGUUCUCUCUGCUGGACGUGUAACUUCAUCUGCUGACGAUAUUUUGCCUAUUCUUGUUUUUGUUAUUAUAAAGGCAAAUCCUCAUGCUCUCCUUUCCAAUCUUCAAUUUAUUGACAGUUUUUAUGCUAGUAGAAUGCAAGGAAGUGAAGCUUAUUGGUGGACACAGUUUAAUUCAGCAGUUGAAUUUUUGAAGACUUUACUUAAUAAAUUAUGCAAUAAAUAA